CCCCCCGCCGCUCGGUAGGGGCCGGAGCGAGGGCGGGCUCAGCGGGGCCUCCGCGGCCGAGCUCGCUCCGCAGCGGCUGCGCCGGGCCCGGGCCGGCCGCGCUGCCGGCGCCGCUGGGGCCUCGGCGGGGAGCGAGCGAAGCGAGGAGGGAGGCCCGGCCCGGUGCUCCCCGAGACGGAGCGGGGGAGCGGGAGAGCCCCGCGUCCUCCGCCCGCUUUGUUAGCCGGGCCCUCCGCAGGGAAGGGGACCGGGCCGGUGCCCCCGGAGCUGCCGAGCCCUUUCUUUGCCCGCUCUCCGUUGCGGAGCAUCGUCUGCGGGACUAGUGCAGAGGAAACAACAGGUCUCGCUCCCUGCUCGCCUGCCAAAGCGACGCCAGCGCCUUGCUCUUGGGAUUAUAAAUGUUUGAACUAAGACGCAGGGAACGGGAAGGAGAGCUUCCCGUUGGAAUUAAUAUAAGAGAAAAGAAGGGAGGCUUUUCCAAAUCCUCUACAAGAAAGCUCAUGCUGUUUUCCCCUGCUGUCCGUACUCUGUUUAAUAAUGCGAUUGUGACCUGAGUGGAAUUUGUGAGCGAUGAAGUGUUGAAGCUUGUUGCAUCUCUGCAUCGGACUACAUUUGUUUUUUUUUAAUUUUUUUUUUUUUUUUUUUUGGUCAGCACAUGAUUCCUCUAUCCCAGCUGUUGCAGGACCUAUGGGCCAGUAAUAGAGGGAUGGGAAGCUGAGACAGUUUAUUUUCACAUUCUUCUGUGCCGGGGACUUCACGAGAUAGCUGAAGCUGCUGCUUUUUACUGGAUCUGCUCUUUCCUCGGCAGGUUUUUUAUUAUUUUUUUCAUGUGUUUUGAUUAAACAGUCUUUGGACUGGAGCUGGAUGGGUGCUUUGCAAUCCAAAGGGUUUUGGGGGUUAACAGAAAACUGCUAAAACAGAGAAGAACUGGUGCUGCAGGAAACCUGGGGCCUGUUUUCCAAGCCUUUUCGUUUUAUUGAGCAAGAUGAUGUGUGAGGUGAUGCCAACCAUCAGUGAGGCCGAGAUUCCCGCCGGGGGAAAUGGAGGCCACGGUUCAGGUUCCCCGUUGCAGUCAGAUGCUGAUUCCCACUUUGAGCAGUUAAUGGUGUCCAUGCUGGAAGAGAGGGAUCGCCUGCUGGAAACGCUCCGAGAAACUCAGGAGACGCUCGCCCUCACCCAGGGCAAGCUGCAUGAGGUUGGCCAUGAGAGGGAUUCCUUGCAGAGGCAGCUCAAUACUGCACUUCCACAGGAAUUUGCAGCGCUCACAAAAGAGCUGAAUGUAUGCAGGGAGCAGCUGCUUGAAAGGGAAGAAGAAAUUGCUGAAUUGAAAGCAGAAAGGAAUAACACGAGGCUAUUACUGGAACAUUUGGAGUGUCUUGUCUCCAGGCAUGAGCGAUCCCUCAGGAUGACUGUUGUGAAGAGGCAAGCUCAGUCUCCAGCAGGAGUUUCUAGUGAAGUAGAAGUUCUCAAAGCACUAAAAUCCUUAUUUGAGCACCACAAAGCCCUUGAUGAAAAGGUAAGGGAGAGAUUACGAGUAGCACUUGAAAGGUGUAGCUUAUUGGAAGAAGAACUAGGUACUACACAUAAAGAGUUAAUGAUUCUGAAAGAGCAAAAUAAUCAGAAGAAAACACUUCCAGAUGGGAUGCUGGAUAUAAAUCAUGAACAAGAAAAUACACCAACUACAAAUGGGAAGAGAUCCUCUGAUGGUUCAUUAUGCCACGAUGAAAACCUUGCUAAAGUGAUUGAACUCCAAGACAUCAUAGAUAAGCAAAACAAAGAACAGACACAAAUGAAAGAACGCCUCACUGCUUUGUCCAGCAGAGUAACAGAGCUGGAAGAAGAUCUAGACACAGCAAGGAAAGACUUAAUAAAAUCUGAAGAAAUGAACACAAAGUUACAGAGGGAUGUACGAGAGACUCUGGCCCAGAAGGAGGACAUGGAGGAGAGAAUCACCACUCUGGAGAAACGCUACCUCGCUGCACAACGUGAAGCUACAUCCGUGCAUGACCUCAAUGAUAAACUUGAAAAUGAAAUUGCCACUAAAGACUCCAUGCACCGACAGAGCGAAGAUAAGAACAGGCAACUGCAAGAGCGACUGGAACUGGCUGAGCAAAAGCUGCAGCAGACCCUGAGGAAAGCUGAGACUUUGCCAGAGGUGGAGGCUGAGCUGGCACAGAGAGUGGCAGCACUUACAAAGGCUGAGGAGAGACACGGCAAUAUUGAGGAGCGGCUGAGACAGAUGGAGGCACAGCUUGAAGAGAAGAAUCAAGAACUGCAAAGGGCUAGACAGAGAGAGAAGAUGAAUGAAGAGCAUAAUAAACGUUUGUCAGAAACUGUUGAUAAGCUUCUGUCUGAAUCCAAUGAAAGGCUCCAGCUUCAUCUCAAGGAGAGGAUGGCUGCCCUGGAAGACAAGAAUUCACUUCUUCGAGAAAUUGAAAAUGCAAAAAAACAAAUAGAAGAACUUCAGCAUGAAAAGGAUCAACUUGUAUUAAAUGUUGAUGCAUUAAGAGCUGAAAACGACCAAGUGAGGCUCAGAGCCACAUCACUUCAUCAUAGCAGAGCGGAUUUCAGAUUCCCUGUGGCAUCCUCCUCUGUGGGGGACAGUCACACAGACUCCUACGGCACGUCCUCCGUGCUGAGGCGGCCCCAGAAGGGGCGUCUGGCUGCUCUCAGGGACGAGCCUUCAAAGGUUCAGACCCUGAAUGAGCAGGAUUGGGAGCGGGCCCAGCAAGCCAGUGUGUUGGCAAACGUGGCACAAGCAUUUGAGAGUGAUGUGGAUGUGUCUGACAUGGAGGACGACAGGGAGACCAUUUUCAGCUCAGUUGAUCUGCUGUCACCAAGUGGUCAGGCCGAUGCUCAGACUUUGGCCAUAAUGCUGCAGGAACAGUUGGAUGCAAUCAACAAAGAGAUCAGACUGAUCCAGGAGGAGAAGGAGAACACGGAGCAGCGCGCGGAGGAGAUCGAGAGCCGCGUGGGCAGCGGCAGCCUGGAGGCGCACGGCCGGUUCCGCUCGCUGGGCUCCAUCGCCCCCGCGUUCGGCGGGGCCCUGGCCGGCUCCUCCCCGCCCGGCAGCGGCCGCUCCACGCCCCGGCGCGUCCCGCACAGCCCCGCCAGGGAGGUGGACAGGCUGGGCAUCAUGACUCUGUCUCCAGCUUCCAGAGAAGAGGUACGAGAUGACAAAACCACGAUUAAAUGUGAGACAUCGCCACCUUCUUCACCUCGGUCCUUGCGUCUGGACAGAGUCCAGAAAGGAGCUCUGCACACAGUGAGCCACGAAGAUAUCAGGGACAUUAGGAAUUCAACAGGUUCACAGGAUGGCCAAACAAGUAAUCCUAGUAGCAGUAACAGCAGCCAAGAUUCCCUCCACAAAGCCCCCAAAAAGAAGGGGAUCAAAUCCUCCAUUGGCCGCCUGUUUGGCAAGAAGGAAAAGGGACGACCUGGACAAGGAAGCAAGGAAGCUCUAGGACAAGGUGGCCUGGGAGAAGCAGAUGGUUCCUCUCAGGAUGCAUUAGGCCUCAGCAAACUUGGAGGUCAAGCAGAGAAAAACAGGAAAAUGCAGAAAAAGCACGAGUUGCUGGAGGAAGCCAGAAGACAAGGUUUGCCUUUUGCACAGUGGGAUGGGCCCACUGUGGUGGUGUGGCUGGAGCUGUGGGUGGGGAUGCCAGCCUGGUACGUGGCUGCCUGCCGAGCCAAUGUGAAAAGCGGUGCUAUCAUGUCAGCCCUGUCUGACACGGAAAUCCAGCGGGAAAUUGGCAUCAGCAAUCCCCUGCACAGGCUCAAGCUCCGCCUGGCUAUCCAGGAAAUCAUGUCCCUAACCAGCCCCUCUGCCCCUCCCACCUCAAGGACGACCACGGGAAAUGUCUGGGUAACACAUGAAGAGAUGGAAAAUCUUACAGCCACACAACAAACGACAUUAGCCUAUGGUGACAUGAACCACGAGUGGAUUGGCAAUGAGUGGCUGCCAAGCCUGGGGCUCCCUCAGUACCGCAGCUACUUCAUGGAAUGUCUGGUGGACGCUCGGAUGCUGGAUCACUUAACUAAAAAAGACCUGCGUGGGCAGCUGAAAAUGGUGGACAGCUUUCACAGGAACAGUUUUCAGUGUGGAAUUAUGUGCCUCCGAAGACUGAAUUAUGAUCGAAAAGAACUGGAAAGAAAAAGAGAAGAAAGCCAGAAUGAAAUUAAAGAUGUCCUGGUGUGGAGCAACGAGAGGAUGAUCCACUGGGUGGUGUCCAUCGGCCUUAAGGAAUACGCGAAUAACCUGCUCGAGAGCGGCGUUCACGGCGCACUUGUGGCCUUAGAUGAAUCCUUUGAUUACAAUGCAUUAGCUCUCCUGCUGCAGAUCCCCACUCAAAACACACAGGCUCGUGCUGUUCUGGAGAGGGAAUUCAAUAACCUCCUUGCUAUGGGAACUGAUAGAAGACUUGAUGAAGAUGAUGAUAAGAGCUUUAGGAGAGCACCUUCGUGGAGAAAGAAGUUUAGACCAAAGGACAUAAGAGGUUUAGCUGCUGGAUCAGCAGAGACUCUUCCUGCAAAUUUCAGAGUUACAACCUCAAUGUCUUCACCCUCUAUGCAGCCAAAGAAGAUGCAGAUUGAUGGCAGUGUAUCAGGAACACAAAGAUUGGAUUCUGCCACAGUAAGGACCUACUCCUGUUAAAGCCUUCUCCUGUUUACCCACACUAUUUCUACCGGUGAUAUGCAGCAUUUUGAACAUUUGGAACCCUUAACCUGUUAAUACUUGUUAAAUGGACACUUUGAGAUAUUUUAUUACAGAGUUUUUAAUUAGCAAAUAAAUUCAUGAGUACUAUAGAGAAAAUAUUUUAGAAUCUAAAUGUUUCUUAUAUUUAUGUGACUUGUCAUUUAUAUAGUUACUUACUUUUUCUGUUUCUAUUCAGUCUACAAAUCAAAUCAUUGCUGAUUUUUUAUUCUAAUUUUAGUCUUUCCAACUGAAUGUACUGUAAUGCUUGUAUGUAUAUGUCCCUAUGAGCAAUAUAGGGUUUUUGUAAAUUAUGCAGUAACUGUAAUUAUCAUUGUUUUUUAAUAAUGGAACUGAAGGUGAAAAGGAUUUUAAUACCUUUGUAAGAGUAUCAUGACACCGAGCAGUAUAUAUUUUGUCUUUUGGAGCUCUUAGCUUAGAUCUGAAAACAAGUCCAGCUUUUUUUCAGGUGAGCCUUUGUUGAUGUAGGGGGGACGGUACAUGAGUGUUGUUCUUCUCAGAGCUGUACCUUUCCACACAGAGGAUGUGUCAAGUAGUGGCAAUUUGUCUUUAUUUGAAGUAGAACUGGUUUGAAAAGCUGGGAGGAACUCCUCAGCCUGCGGGAUGCGUUGUAGGAGCGAUUGCCUCAGUCCUAACACCCUCUGCUGUGUUUGCGUAGCGACUCUUCGCAGUGACUGAAAACAAGCCAUAAACCGAGGACUGUUUUUAUUUUUGCUUUUCCUUCCCUGAGGAAGAUAGACUUCGUAAUGAUUCCUGGUCGUGAGCCACAGGCCACAGAGAGGUUUUUUUUUGUCCUAGACCUUUUUGCUUGAAAACACUUGGUGGAAAAUGCUGGUGGAACCAGUUUUAAUGGACCAAUCCUAAAGCACUGCAGCCUCCUGUCAAGUGAGUAGUGAAAGAUGAAGGUACAAUGGGCUGAAAACUAAAGCAGUGCAUCUUCUAAUAAAGGCCUUACUUUUCUUAUGUAAGUCAUCCUAUGUGUUUUGUAAACUUGUUCUAAAGACUUGUCUGGACUUUUAAUUUGGAUGGUUGUAGCCAUUUUGGACUGUAUGAGUAGAAAAUGUAUCUGACACUUGUAAAUGGCAUAUUAAGAAGCCAGCAAGAAUCUGUUCAGAUGGUGCAUUAUUUAUUAUGCAACAAUAUAUAUAGCAUGUCUUUUUUCUUAUUUUGUUUUCCACUUUUAACUUGCUUGUAAAACUGAAAUUCAUUGUUACUGUUCUGUUUUUCUAUUAAUCUUUUGUGUAUUUUCAGAUUAUGUAACAAUAUGUACAGUCUACUUUUGAACUAUUUUUAUCACAGUAUUAUUUAUUGCUUUCGAUAAAGUACUGAUGCAUUUUUCACUGCCAAUAAAACACUAUGGAAAAGCUAAGAUCUAAUUGUAUGCAGGCAGAAACUUUUGCAGUGAGUGGAUAUUGUCAAUAAAGCAUCUUAACGAUUGUUUGCUGCCCUGUAGAUCUGGUUUCAAAUGAUGACCUUUCUCCAGUAGCAAAAAUAUUCCAUUAGAUGUGACAUUUUCUUUGGAAUUGUUCAAGUUCACAUGCAUUAAUGUCAGUUUUCUGGAAAAAAAAACUGCUUUAUUGCCUACUUCUGCUCAUCAUUAGAGCUAUGAUUUGCUUUUUAAAAUAAUAAACCAGACCUGACACACAACUUCAGUGUAUUCUGGUCCACAUGGUGAAGAUGGAAAUGCUGUCCUAGACAGCAGCAACUGUUGCUUUGGUAAUAAAAUGAAAUCAUGGCCAUAGUGAUAUUUGGGGAGAAACACAGGAGUUGAGGGAACCAGUGCAAAAUGGGGUCACAAUAAGCUGUUCAUGUCAAUUUUGAUAUAUUUGUAAACCAUUUCAUUGAGUACAAGACAGAGGGAUAAAGUUGCAGAAUAAUGAAAGGAGUUGUGCAGCAUAUUUCAUCAUGUCCUCAGAUCGACAGCAGGAUGUGGAAUGCCUGGAGAAACACUGCCAUGGACGCUCUAAACCUUAUUCAGUGAUGCAUCUCUGUUUGUCUGGCUUGUCUGUACAAGUUGCUGUCUGUUCAUUUGCAGUCUCUUUUAUAUUCUCAGAGAAUCUAUCUUUCUAGAAAAAAAAAACCUAAAAUGGAACUGCAGAAGGAAAUCCUGACUCACUGUUCACUAAACUUUGCUGUUUAGAGAAACCUUGCCUAGGCGUUGCUGGUCACUGAUGUGAGUGAUAGUAGGUGUUCAAAGUCAUGUCUUGUUGCUUCUCAAAAGUGAAACCAAUGCGGGGUAGACUUGUGAAAUGUGAACAGAAAAUGCGUUUAUUAUUUUGAGGCUGUAAAACCUUAACUGUUAUGGAACAAUGGAACUGACGUGAGAGGUAGAAUAAAUGAGUGAAAUGGUGAAAGCUUUCACAAACUGGCAAAACUGUGUGUGGUGACUUCCUUCUGAGUUGCUCAGCAGAGCUGUGCCGGAGUGAUCCAGAAAAACGUGUCUUGCUCAAUUUUAGUAACUCCCACACACCCUGCUGAAAGAAAACUGCGCAUGUGGAAAAGGCACCUGGGUCUGUUACAGUGAUCUUUAGAUAAUGCUUGAUUAAAUACAACGUUUUGUGAAUUGCCAAAUGUCUUUAAAGGCUUCAGUUGGAGAGAGCGCUGUAAAAAUUAAACUAUGCAUCCUGUC